AGAGAGAGAGAGAGAGAGAGAGAGUGAGGGAGGGAGAGAGUGAGAGAGAGAGUGAGGGAGAGAGAGAGUCAGUCUCCAUGUCUGACUCUGAGAUCCUUCUCUUUUUUCUAGCGUCAAUCUUCGCUGUGCUUCUGAUCUUUAAUCUCAUCAAAGUAAAACGAAACAGUAUGAAUCUUCCACCAGGCAACAUGGGUUGGCCUUUUCUUGGUGAAACCAUCGGCUAUUUGAAGCCAUACUCAGCAACUACAAUAGGAGAGUUCAUGGAGCAACAUAUAUCAAGGUUUGGGAAAAUUUACAAGUCGAAUCUGUUCGGUGAGCCGACGAUAGUCUCAGCAGAUGCUGGGCUGAAUAGAUUCAUACUACAGAAUGAAGGGAGGUUGUUUGAAUGCAGCUACCCAAGAAGCAUAGGUGGGAUUCUUGGCAAGUGGUCCAUGCUGGUUUUGGUUGGAGAGAUGCAUAGAGACAUGAGGAUUAUAUCUCUCAACUUCUUGAGCAAUGCUAGGCUGAGGACUCAUCUCCUACCAGAAGUUGAGAAGCACACCUUGCUGGUUCUUAACUCUUGGAAGGACAAUUCUGUAUUUUGUGCUCAAGAUGAGGCCAAAAAGUUCACAUUCAAUUUGAUGGCAAAACAUAUCAUGAGCUUGGAUCCUGGAAAACCUGAGACUGAGCAACUGAAGAAAGAGUACAUUACUUUCAUGAAAGGAGUGGUUUCUGCUCCUUUGAAUUUCCCUGGAACUGCAUACAGGAAGGCCUUACAGUCUCGAUCAACGAUCCUGAAAUUUAUUGAGAGUAAAAUGGAAGAGAGAGUUACUAAAGUGAGGGACAGAAGUGAGAACUUGGAGGAACAUGAUCUUCUUGGAUGGGUGUUGAAGCACUCAAACCUUUCUAGGGAGCAAAUCCUGGACUUAGUUUUGAGCUUACUCUUCGCUGGCCAUGAAACUUCGUCAGUAGCAAUAGCUUUGGCUCUCUACUUUUUGCAAGGCUGUCCUAGUGCUGUUCAGCAAUUGAGAGAAGAACACACUGAAAUAGGCAAAGCCAAGAAGCAAACAGGAGAGAUGGAACUCAAUUGGGAUGACUACAAGAAAAUGGAAUUCACUCAAUGUGUUAUCGGUGAGACUCUAAGGCUAGGAAAUGUAGUGAGGUUUCUCCACAGAAAAGCUAUCAAAGAUAUUCGGUACAAAGGGUAUGACAUUCCACGUGGGUGGAAAGUGCUUCCAGUGAUUGCAGCCGUGCAUUUGGAUCCUUCACUGUUUGAUCAACCACAGGACUUCAAUCCAUGGAGAUGGCAGUAUAGUCGUGGAUCAUUUGCUGCCACAGCAAGCACAACAAGAAGUAAUAACUUCAUGCCAUUUGGGGGAGGAUCACGACUCUGUGCAGGAUCCGAAUUAGCCAAACUCGAAAUGGCUGUAUUCAUUCACCAUUUGGUCCUCAAAUGUCACUGGGAGCUAGCUGCUGCGGAUCAUGCUGUCGCCAUCCCAUUUGUCGAUUUCCCAAAAGGCCUACCAAUACGAGUCCAACACCACACUCUCAUAUAAAAACAAUGUUCCGUGAAAAUUAAUGACUUGGAAAAGUGACCUCAGUCUUGACCUUAGCGUCUCAUGUUUGAUAGAGAAAGGUAACAAAUUAAAGCUUGUUCGUCUGAUGAAGUUGAGUUUCUUGGACUUUCCGACGACAUAGUUUGUCUCUUUUGAUGUUAUUUGUCGCUCACAUUAAGUGAGGCCCGUCCACAUACAGAAGUGCAGUACAAAGAUAUAUAGGACCACAUUUUGUUGUAUCUUGUAAAUUUUACACCCCCUUGGUCCUAGAGGCUUUGGGUGUUGUGGUAAUUAUUCAUUUUUAUGUUACAUGGUUUUGCUAAUGUACUGUAAUUUGCUGUAAUAUCUCUCCCCAUGUGGGUUAGCCUGUGUACACAUUUGAUAUUUCCUGAACUUUGUUGUGGAAGGAGUCU